AUGAAAGAAGGUGAUGAAUGGAAAACUGCAUUUAAAACUAAACAUGGUCUUUAUGAAUGGCUUGUCAUGCCAUUUGGUCUCACUAAUGCACCUAGUACAUUCAUGCGCUUAAUGAACCAUAUCCUGAGAAACUUCAUUGGUCAUUUUGUUGUGGUUUACUUUGAUGACAUCUUGAUUUACAGCAAGAACCUUGAAGAGCAUCUAGAUCACCUUGCAUCUGUCCUGUCUGUGCUAAGAAAAGAAAAUUAUGGAGUCAAGGUGGAUGAAGAGAAAGUUGCAGCAAUCAGAGAAUGGCCAAGUCCUAAGACAGUGAGUGAAGUCAGAAGCUUCCAUGGCCUAGCUGGGUUCUAUAGGCGGUUUGUCCGUGAUUUUAGUACCUUGGCCGCACCUUUAACUGAAGUCAUCAAGAAAGAAGUUGGAUUCAAGUGGGAGAAAGCACAGGAGGAUGCUUUCCAGCUCUCAAGGAUCGCUUGA